UUAAAUUUGGCCCGUGCCUUCCCGCACUGUCCCACCAUAAACGAUCGGAAGUUCUCGUUGAAAAUUAUUUAUUGGCGCACUACCAAAUAAUGCCAUAGGAUGGCGCUGUUGAGCUCCAGUCAGCUCCUAGCUACCCGAUAACGCCCAAGACCAGUGAGUGAGAGGAUUCAAGGAUGGAGCGUAGUAGGCUGUGGCACACAGACAAACGAAAAUUAAAAAAAACUUGGGAACAGGACUAUUUUUUUACCGAGGUAGAUUCCAAUGCAGUGUGUCUGGUAUGUAAGCAGAGGGUCGCUGUUUCAAAGGAAUACAACAUUCGCCGUCACUAUCUAACUAAGCAUGCGGCUGAGUUCGCAAAGUACACUGGAGAACAUUGCAAGGUCAAGUUAGCAGACUUGCUAACAAAGCUAACCACCCAGCAGCGAACUCUACUUCAGCCGUCGACUGCACAAGAAAAUGCCACUCGGGCUAGUUAUCGCAUUAGCAAUGCAAUCGUGAGAAGUGGGAGAGCUUUUGCAGCGGGUGAUUUCGUCAAGGAGUGUUUGACAAUUGCUGCCCAAGAUGUGUGUCCAAAUCCGAUGCGUGUGUUUUCUCAAAUUAGCCUGUCACGGAACACUGUCACCCGCCGCGUUGAGGACAUGGCCGAAGACGUUCGAGGUCAGAUAGCCCAAAGAGCAAGUCACUUUUCUGCCUUCUCCAUUGCGUGCGAUGAAAGCACCGACAUGUCCGACUCAGCACAGUUGCUGGUGUUUUUGCGAGGCGUCAAUGAGGACUUUGAAGUGUGUCAAGAACUAGCGGGCCUUGAAACAUUGAAAGGGACAACAAAAGGUGUGGAUAUUUUUAUGGCAGUGGAGCGAGUUCUGGACAAGAACGGUUUGAACUGGGAAACCCUAUCUGGCAUCAUGACUGAUGGAGCCCCCGCCAUGGUCGGUAAGCGAGCAGGGCUAACUGCACUUGUGUCGGACAAGGUCUCCGAGUUUGGUGGCUCGAUUUUAAAGUACCAUUGUAUUUUGCAUCAGGAGCAACUGUGCGCUAAAAACAUGGGCUUGAAAAACGUCAUGCAGGAUGUCGUCGCCAUUGUCAACAAUAUUCGCUCAAAGGCCCUCUCACACCGUCAAUUCAAAGCUCUGCUUGAUGAGAUGGAUGCCCAGUAUGGUGAUGUAUUGUACCAUCAGGAGGUGCGGUGGUUGAGCCGUGGGAAAGUUUUGCGGGGUUUCUUUGAUCUGCGCGAGGAAAUAAGAGAGUUUCAAGCCAUGAAGACGAACAACAUCCAAGUGCCCACGGACAGUCACUGGCUUGCAGACCUGGCUUUUCUUGUGGACAUCACAGAGCUGCUGAAUAUCCUCAAUCUUCAGCUCCAAGGGAGAGACCAGAUGAUCACGCAGAUGUAUGACCAUGUCAAAGCCUUCAAGCAAAAGUUCCAGCUGCUUAGCAGACAUCUCUCAAAAGGAAAUUUGGAACAUUUCCCCAGCCUCAGAGAAGUUGGGUUGAUGGAGGAAGACACACCAAAAUACCUCAACAUUCUCAACAAUCUUGAGGUGGAGUUCGACCAUCGCUUUGAAGAUUUUCGUGGAAAUACAACAGCAUUUGAGCUGUUUGCUCAACCUUUUUCUGUGAAUGUGGAUGCAGUCAGUGAGGAGCUUCAAAUGGAACUUUUGGAACUUCAGUCUGAUUCAGACCUCCAUAGCAGGUUCAGAGAGCUUUCCUUACAAGAUUUUUACAGGUCUAUUCCCGCACACAGAUAUGGCAAGAUACGCAAACAUGCCCAGGUUAUGUUAUCCCUCUUUGGAAGUACUUAUGUCUGUGAGCAGGCUUUCAGCCUUAUGAAUCUUAACAAGUCCAAACUGAGGAAUGCUUUAUCUGACUCUCACCUACAUGACAUUCUCACUUUGUCAGUUAGUCAGCUUGAACCUGAUAUUGAGAGGCUUUUAAAAACCAAGAACAGGCUUCAUGUUUCCCACUGAUUGGACUACUACAGGCAGAAUAUGUAGGCCUGCCCUAGGCCCCCAUUGUGUCACCUGGGAGUAUGGUAGGCCCAAGGACUGGUAAUGUUCCACACCUGUCCACAAAUAUUUCAUAGUGCUUCAGUUAUUUUUUUAAUUUAAAGAAGCCAGAUCGAUGUUAUGAAAUGUUAUUGACCUAAAUGUGAAACACAGUAAACAGUGCAAUUCAUUUUUCAAAAUGACUUUGUGAUAUAGUGUUUAUUUUGCACACGUAUGCUUAACUUACACACGUAAUGUACUGCACUCAUAUAUUUACCG